AUGGCACGAUUCAUGGGCUUCAGAGGCCAUCGGCUGAAUAUAGCCACCAUCUUGUUGGUCGUGUUCCCAGCAUACAUGUGCUUUGGUUAUAACCUGGCUGUUGCUGGAGGACUGCUUACGAUGCCGUCGUUUAUUGCACACUUUCCGAAGAUGGACACUGUCCAUAACUCGGACAAGUUUCACUCGAAUAUUCAAGGCACCGUCGUCGCACUAUAUACCAUCGGAGGCAUGUUAGGAGCGUUGUCUACCAUCUUCGUCGGAGACAUCCUAGGUCGACGAAAAGUCAUAUUCAUCGCUUCAGCAUUGGUUAUUAUUGGAUCUGUUCUUAUGUCAUCCUCAUAUUCGUUGGGUCAAUUUAUUGUGGCUAGGCUGGUCCAGGGACUCGGAACUGGGGCUACGACUGCGACUGUGCCUGUGUGGCAGUCGGAGAUUUCAGGCUCAGCGCAUCGUGGAUCGCACGUCGUUACUGAGGGUCUGUUCGUGUGUGUGGGAAUUGCUGCUUCUCUCUGGAUUGAUCUGGGAUUUUCCUACAUCAACACAAGCUCAGUAGCAUGGCGCGUGCCAUUGAUCUUGCAGACCUCGCUUGUAAUCUUUGUCAUGAUUUUCAUCUUCCAGCUACCCGAGUCACCUCGCUGGCUGCUGGGUAAAGGCCGUGUGGAGGAAGCACGAGAAAUUUUGACCAUCCUUCGUGAUGUUGAGCCAGGAGAUGAAACGGUGUGUCGCGAAAUUGCUGAGGUUCAAAAAUCGCUCGAACUAGUGCAAAACGCCAGCCGACUAGACAUUUUUAAAAUGGGAGAGAAGCGCAAUGCGCACCGACUGGCGCUUGGAAUGGCCGGCCAGUCAUUUGGACAGCUCUGCGGUAUCAAUUCUCUCACAUUCUAUGCUACCGUCAUUUUCAACCAGCGCCUGCAUAUGGGAGCCAUAAACUCCCGCAUUCUGAGUGCUGGCAUGGUUACCAUCCAGGUUAUUGGAGCUUUCUUCGCCAUCUUCACUAUUGACCGCUGGGGCCGUCGUCCUCUUAUGUUUGCUAGUGCUACUGGUAUGUGUAUCACCAUGGUUGUGCUUGCUGGCACAACCUCGGCAACCGGCAAUCAAGCGGCUCUUAUUGUUUCCGUUGUUGCUCUCUAUGGCUUCAACCUGUUCUACCCCUUUGGCUUUCUCGGGGUGCCCUUCCUCUAUUCGACAGAGGUAGCGCCUCCACAUCUACGCGCGAAGAUCAGUGGUAUAUCCAACUGCAUGACCUGGUUGUUCAAAUUUGUCGUUGUGGAGGUCACUCCUACUGGUUUCCAGACGAUCGGAUAUAAAUAUUAUAUCAUUUGGGCAGUUAUCAACUUUGCUAUCGUGGUGACAGUUUAUUUCUUCUUCCCCGAGACUAAUGCAAGGUCAUUAGAGGAGAUGGAUGAGAUAUUUAUGGAGUCGCGCAAUAUUUUCGAUGCUCCGAGAAUUGCGAAGCACUUGCCCAAGAAGAUGCGUUCUCCAGAUGACUCUGAAGACGAUAAGCACUAG